AAAGGAGGUUGAGUAAAAGCUAAAUUAUAACGGCAAACGGGUGCGUCGUGCUUACUUACGACGAAAAGUAGAAUGCUUGCCCUUGUCUUCGUAUGUACAUGAGUUUCGCAAUUUCUCUCGCAUUGAUGUCUAUGUCUAUCCACCAGGCCGCACACACGAUCACGAUGGCGCGAGCACCGCCUUCAUGGGCCGUGUCCGCUCGUAUGCUCAUCGGAAGAUGGAGCCAAUGGCAAGCAAACUACGUCGCGCAUCAGUAUCGCGCGUGGCUGCUCUGUCUUGUGGUGAAGGCAGCAGUGCAGCGCAGACAAGAAAGAAAUCAAGCGGCCGGUGCCUCGAAGAAAGAACAACUCAACCUCGGCGGACCGCUAGCACUGUGA